AUGAUCUUUGCGGCCGACUGCAACCGAACGGACGUCCUCAGCUACCUCUUGUCGUACGACACGACCAAGGCCAAGGCGGUUCAGGCAAUGAAAAAAGCGCUCUUGAACGACGACAGCUACUUUCGCACUGCCGUGCUGCCCAACUUCAAACGAGCAGGCUUUCCGCGUACGCACCACAUUAACGUAGACGACAUCAAGAACGACGAUGCUGUCGCGGCCGCCAUCGCGCUCUACGACAACGACGAGGCUGCCGACGACUCGGGCUACGAGUCGGACGAGUUAUGCAUGUUUCAUCGCAUUUGGAGUCCCAUCCCAAGAGGAUGAGGGACACUCCGUGUCCGGUUUCUUCGUUUCUUAAUCGGGACUUAUGCCACCCGAUAAACGAUAUAACUCGAUGGGACGAUACUUGCA